GUACACUACAUUCGCCAAACAGCUUCCAGAAUGCCUUGAGUCCUCACCAAGAUCCGGGCAACUCGCUGUCCGAGAUCACAAUCCACAUCAUGUCCCUCACCUUCAAGCUUCUCUCGCUUGCCAUCAGAACCGCCGCCAAACCCAUAGGCAAUUAUAUCAAGCGACAGGCGAAGGAACACGAAGCUUUUCGCAGGUUUGCUGUGAAUCAAGCGCAGCGUGUGCAUCGAAUCGAUAUGCGAAUGAGACUGGGCAUCCUGCAUGAUCCUGAAGCACAACAACGAAUGCACGAGCGAGAACAACGGGCGGCAGAGGAGAAAAAGCGGAAAGCUGAGCAACCUACAGUGCGGUCAGAGUUGGAGCAGAAAAAGUACGACGAACAGAAAGCUAAAGAAGCAACAGACGAGGCGGGGGGCAAGAAAGAGGAGUCAAAAGCCGUCAAGGCCAAGAUCAGACCACUUUCAGAAGCCAGAGCAAUUGAGCUGGGAGCGAACUUCUUCUCGGAGGCCUUCAUCUUUGGGGUGGCAGUGAGUUUGCUCGUAUUCGAGCAAUGGCGUCGAUCAUCCAAGGAGAGCGACCGCAGAGAUGAUGUCGCGGACCAGAUAGAAGAGCUCAAGGCAGAGAUUUUGGAGCUGAGAAGCAAGAUUGACCCCAAUCUCGAAACGUUGAAUGAACUGCACGAACGAGAAGCGCAGGCCAAGCGAAGGAAGAGCACAUCAAGUUGGUGGAGUCCUGGGGGAUGGAUGGGUAAUAAGGGUUCAGAUGAUGCAUCAGAGGAGGCAGAGGUGGAUAUCCGAAAGAUGCAAAAGGAAGCAGAAGAAAGAGUGCAUCACAUCGCUAAGCAGCGCGAGGAAGCCAAGGCCGCAAAAGAGGCCGCAAAAGAGCACGAGAAGAAAGGAAUCAUAGAAAAAGCGCUUGAGAGGAGGCUAGCAGGGGAGAAGAAGGAAGCGGCAUCCGAAGAGGAGGCUGUUCGUCACGCUCCGCCUGUGCGUCUAGACACGGUAGAUGCAUCAUCGAAAGGCAGAUGAUGCUCUGCAUAGCACCGGUUCGCUUCACUGAGGUGUUGGUCAGACUGCAUAUCUUGCUGCGCGGAUAGUGCAGAUGGCAGUGUCGGUGAAGAAGGAGAAGGAGAAGUCGCAACUCGGCCCAGAAUUGUUCAUAAUCGACGAUACCCAGCUCUUGUACAAUGACUUUAGACAAUCCAAGACUUUCUGUACAGCCCAGCCCAGCUCAUGCAUCUCGCGGACAUGAUGGCCACCCCUCCGGCUCCCACUCUCUUCUGCAACUCGCUUCGCCGCCGACCCUCAUUCGCGUCGGCGAUUCCCACACUACUGCGGCAGUCGCGCUUUGUCGUUCGAGGUAUUUCUGCUUCCCUUCUUCUACUUCCUCCACCCAUCCCUACCGACUGUAGUCUCCAUAUGCCUGGCAUUGGAUCGGCUUACACUCACAAUCUCGUAGAACAGCUCCUCGAUACACACGACGUCGCAGUUCCCAUCACUUGGGAGGUGCAUCCGCAAGCUGGCCACACACGCCCAACUCGGCACUUGCGCUUCCUGCUCUUGUCGCCGUCCGCGCUUCUCGACGCCAAGCUGGACACCACAAUCGAACGCAUUCGCCACUUCUCGUUCCUCACCACGGAGCCCAUUGCGAUCAUCUUCCUGCUCAAUCCACCACGUGAGACUUCGUUCCGGUCCGCAAAGCACCUCGGCCAGACUGCGAUCGAGCUGUCCAGUGACCGAGUGGACGGUGUCCUUGGCUAUGUCAAGUUGCAAGCCGAGAUGAUGAACCGCUCCGACCUGCCGCACAUUCCCAUCCUUCCGCUCAACCAUCUCGUGGGCUUGGAGCCUCUUCUUUCCAAACAUGCUGCGCUGCAUACGGAACAUCAGCCAGGCCGGCAGCAUGAUGAUGCUGCUGCUGCUGCCACGUCUCGACAACUGAUGCAAUUCUGCACCCUUCGACAGCCCAUGCAGGAGUUUACUGCAAAUGUCUUGAGCGACACCUUUGACAACUUGCAGGAUAUUGCAAAGACCAUGGUCACGGAGCCAACCACGCCAUACUCAAGCUCACCCACUGCGAUUGCUGCUUUUGCGUUGAAUGUACUUUCGCAGGAUUGUGAUGAAAACGGUACGCUGCGGCCACCGUCCGACGAUGCCACGCCGCAGGGCAAGCUGAGAAUGCUGAAGGGCAUCCUGGGCGAGGUCGAGACUGCAGAAAUGGUGGAAUUCUGGCGAGAAGAGUAUCAGGUGGACUGAAGUGCGAAGUCUUAAGGACAAUGGCUGCUGAUCUGCUCUCGAGUCGCUACAAUUAUAUAUAUCUUGUCGUAC